CUCCAGAUUCCUAUCUGUCUCUUCAUGAUGGUCGAGUGAGGUUGUCUGGAGAGAGAGAGUGUGAGGGUGAGGUGGAAGUUUACAUUCAUCAGGUUUGGAGGAGAGUUCUGCUGGACUCCUGGAGUCUCACUGAAUCCUCUGUGGUCUGCAGACAGCUGGGCUGUGGCUCUGUGCUGAACUUCACUAACUCCUCUUCAUCCAGUGAUGAACACAGUUAUGAGUGUGUGAUGGGCUUCCAGUGCUCUGGGACUGAAGAUCAUCUGAGGAACUGCAGCUCUCCACAAACUCUCAAAUGCAGCUCCAGACAACAGCUGUCAAUCACCUGCCUUGGUCAGAACUCCAUCAGGUUGGUGGGUUCUGGUGGAGAUUGUGCAGGAAGGCUGGAGGUUUUUCACAAAGGCUCAUGGGGUACAGUGUGUGAUGACUCCUGGGAUAUUAAAGAUGCUCAUGUGGUGUGCAGACAGCUGCAGUGUGGAGUGGCUCUCAGUAAUCAGCCAGUACCAGCCUGGUUUGGUCCUGGUUCUGGACCCAUAUGGCUGGAUGAUGUGAACUGUGAGGGGAAUGAGACGUCACUGUGGAGCUGCUCUUCACGGGUCUGGGGAGAUCAUGACUGUAAACACAAGGAUGAUGUAGGAGUCGUGUGCUCAGAGUUUAAAGAGCUCAGGUUAACUGAAGGCUGUGAAGGGAAUGUGGAGGUUUUCUACAAUGGAACCUGGGGUAAUGUUUGCUGGAAUCAGAUGGAAAGUGACACAGGGAGUCUGAUCUGUCAAGAGCUGAACUGUGGAAGAUCUGGCAGUCUGUCUGAUUCAACAUCAAGAGUGCCAUCAGCUCAUAACUGGUUGGAUAAUGUUGAAUGUCGACCACACGACUCAAAUCUGUGGCAGUGCCCAACUUCACCCUGGGGACAGAAUGACUGUGGUCAGAAUGAGGUGGCUCAUAUCACCUGCUCUGGUAAGAUCACAUUUUAA